UGAGCUGACGUGUUUACGUUUGCGUCCUCUCCACUGUGGACAGGACGCUGCAGCAGUCACAGCGCCACAUCGUCGGCUACACUUCAUUCACGUUCCUUUCCCAGGACGCAAUAAUACAAGCAGGCGACACAUGGAUCGAUGAAAUACACCCGGAGCCCCGGGGACCCGCGGAACAUGACCGACUCCUCUCUGAGUUCUCUGGGUGCAAAAGUUGUUGUCGCUUCUUCCGGCGAUGAAAACCACCCACCGGAAAACAUCACUGACGGAAGCACUGAAACGUUUUGGAUGUCCACCGGGAUGUUUCCUCAGGAGUUCAUCGUCCGCUUCGCUGAAGCCACGACGAUGUCUGCAGUGACAGUGGACAGCUACAACGUCAAGCAUCUAAGGAUAGAGAAGACUGCCUCACAGAAUGCUUCUCAGUUUGAGCUUGUCACAGAGAAAGAAUUUGGACAUACGGAAGGACAUCUUCAAUCAAAUGUUGUUUCACUAAAUGGAAGCAGUGCAACCCACCUUCGCUUUAUCAUCACCACAGGAUAUGAUCACUUUGUUUCAGUACACAGAGUCACUGUGCAAAAUUGACACACUUGAUUAUUGUGAAUUAAAGCCAGAUUUUUUUUUAUAUCUA